AUGGAACUUGCCGACGAGUCUUUCCCCUUCGAAGAGAACGAUUUCGAGGAUAAAGAGCGGUUUAUGAUCGCUCACGACACUAUUCUCGAUCUAGGCUCCCACUGUCUUGGUGUUCUCUACAACCAGCUGAACCAUCGUACCUCAUCCCCAUUAGCCAUCGAGAAUUGA